GCGCGGCGGCGGCGAGGAGCUGUGCCUUCCACCUCUCCAGCCCGGGCAGGCAGGACGGGGGCGGCCGCCGCGGGCCCGGGGCGGGGACAGCACGCAGCCUCGCGACGCGCACCCCCGCCCGGCAGCGGCCCCGGCACCCGGGGCGAGCGGGAAAGCGGCGGCGGCGGCGGGGGAAGGAUGCAGGGUAAGAAGCCGGGCGGCUCGUCGGGCGGCGGCCGGAGCGGCGAGCUGCAGGGGGACGAGGCGCAGAGGAACAAGAAGAAGAAAAAGAAGGUGUCCUGCUUUUCCAACAUCAAGAUCUUCCUGGUGUCCGAGUGCGCCCUGAUGCUGGCGCAGGGCACGGUGGGCGCCUACCUGGUGAGCGUCCUGACCACCCUGGAGCGCAGGUUCAACCUGCAGAGCGCUGACGUGGGUGUGAUCGCCAGCAGCUUCGAGAUCGGGAACCUGGCGCUCAUUCUGUUCGUGAGCUACUUCGGGGCGCGCGGUCACCGGCCUCGCCUGAUCGGCUGCGGCGGCAUCGUCAUGGCGCUGGGCGCGCUGCUGUCGGCACUGCCCGAGUUCCUGACCCACCAGUACAAGUACGAGGCGGGCGAGAUCCGCUGGGGCGCCGAGGGCCGCGACGUCUGCGCUGCCAACGGCUCGGGCGGCGACGAGGGGCCGGACCCCGACCUCAUCUGCCGCAACCGGACGGCCACCAACAUGAUGUACCUGCUGCUCAUUGGGGCCCAGGUGCUCCUGGGCAUCGGUGCUACCCCUGUGCAGCCCUUGGGGGUCUCCUACAUCGACGACCACGUGCGGAGGAAGGACUCCUCGCUCUACAUAGGAAUCCUGUUCACGAUGCUGGUAUUCGGACCAGCCUGCGGGUUUAUCCUGGGCUCUUUCUGUACCAAAAUCUAUGUGGAUGCAGUCUUCAUUGACACAAGUAACCUGGACAUCACGCCGGACGACCCCCGCUGGAUCGGAGCCUGGUGGGGUGGCUUUCUGCUCUGCGGUGCCUUACUCUUCUUCUCUUCCCUCUUGAUGUUCGGGUUUCCACAGUCCCUGCCCCUGCAUUCAGACCCCGCCAUGGAGAGCCAGCAGGCCAUGCUCCCCGAAAGAGAAUACGAGAGGCCCAAGCCCAGCAAUGGGGUCCUGAGGCACCCCUUGGAGCCAGACAGCAGUGCCUCCUGCUUCCAACAGCUGAAAGUGAUCCCGAAGGUCACCAAGCACCUGCUCUCAAACCCUGUGUUCACCUGCAUCAUCCUGGCUGCCUGCAUGGAGAUUGCAGUGGUGGCUGGCUUUGCUGCCUUCUUGGGGAAAUACCUGGAACAGCAGUUUAACCUCACCACCUCUUCUGCCAACCAGCUGCUCGGGAUGACUGCGAUCCCAUGUGCUUGUCUGGGAAUCUUCCUGGGCGGUCUUUUGGUGAAGAAGCUCAGCCUGUCUGCCCUGGGGGCCAUUCGGAUGGCCAUGCUCGUCAACCUGGUGUCCACAGCUUGCUACGUCUCCUUCCUCUUCCUGGGCUGCGACACAGGCCCGGUGGCUGGGGUUACUGUUCCCUAUGGAAACAACACAGCACCUGGCUCAGCCCUGGACCCCUACUCACCCUGCAAUAAUAACUGUGAAUGCCAAACCGAUUCCUUCACUCCAGUGUGUGGGGCAGAUGGCAUCACCUACCUGUCCGCCUGCUUUGCCGGCUGCAACAGCACGAAUCUCACGGGCUGUGCGUGCCUCACCACCGUCCCUGCUGAGAAUGCGACCGUAGUUCCCGGAAAAUGCCCCAGUCCUGGGUGCCAAGAGGCCUUCCUCACCUUCCUGUGUGUGAUGUGUAUCUGCAGCCUGAUCGGUGCCAUGGCGCAGACGCCCUCUGUCAUCAUCCUCAUCAGGACAGUCAGCCCUGAACUCAAGUCUUACGCGUUGGGAGUUCUUUUUCUCCUCCUUCGUUUGUUAGGCUUCAUCCCCCCACCCCUCAUCUUCGGGGCCGGCAUCGACUCCACCUGCCUGUUCUGGAGCACGUUCUGUGGGGAGCAAGGCGCCUGCGUCCUCUACGACAAUGUGGUCUACAGAUAUCUGUACGUCAGCAUCGCCAUCGCGCUCAAAUCCUUCGCCUUCAUCCUGUACACCACCACGUGGCAGUGCCUGAGGAAAAACUAUAAACGCUACAUCAAAAACCACGAGGGCGGGCUGAGCACCAGUGAGUUCUUUGCCUCUACUCUGACCCUAGACAACCUGGGGAGGGACCCUGUGCCCGCAAACCAGACACAUAGGACAAAGUUUAUCUAUAACCUGGAAGACCAUGAGUGGUGUGAAAACAUGGAGUCCGUUUUAUAGUGACUAAAGGAGGGCUGAACUCUGUAUUAGUAAUCCAAGGGUCAUUUUUUCUUAAAAAAAGGAAAAAAGGUUUCCAAAAAAAAAAAAACAAAACACACACACAGAGGCACAGAUGCACACACACACAUACACGCAGUCAGACACACCAACUUUGUCCUUUUUCUCAACAUCAGAGCCAGACAGGAUUCAGAAUAAGGAGAGAAUGAGAUCGUGCGGCGGGGUCCUGGAGGCCACUCGCGCGGCUGGGCCACAGAAUCUACUUUGAAGGCACCUCAUGGUUUUCAGGAUGCCCACAGCUGCAAGCAACAGGCACUGCCAAAUUCAGGGAACAAUGGUGGCCAGCUUGGAGGAUGGACAUUUCUGGAUAUACAUACACAUAUAAAACAGAAAACGCUUUUUUAAAAGUUUACUAAAAUAAAAAAUUUUAAAAACCCACAAGUUGAAAACAUUGCCAGAUUAAGCACUAGUGACACACCCCGCGCCAUCCUCCUUCUCCACAUGGGGGUGGGGGCAGGCGCACAAGUCAGAGAGGUGGAAGCCCCACUCCUCUCUCUAACUUUCGCAAUAUGGGUCACUGUGUAGACGACUCACCCAGUCUGCAUGUGGUUCAAGGCCCCAGAGUUCUCUCAGUGAUGCUAAUGGGUGAUCCGCACUGGAGUUUGCAAUUGGCACCUCUCACCAGCCCCAUUUCCAUGUUCAAGACUGAGGGCCUGAGGGGGCCGGGUGGAGGGCCAGCACCUCCCUGUGGCCGGCAUCCACCUUCCCCUAGCCCCACAGAGUGACCUCAGGAAGCAGUAGGCCUCGCCUGGCUAUGACUGACCCGGCUCAGAGCCAGUGAGACCCAACACAGUCCAAGUCAUUUGCUUACAUUUGCCAAACAUUUUGCCACUUUUAAAAGAAAAAAAAAUACAAUGCAUAUGAAUUUCAGACUGUUGUAUGUACAAUCCUCUAACACUAUUUUUAACUACUUCUAAAAUCUGUGUUAACCCUACAGUCACUAACACAGUUCUCUAGGGCGGAUUUAUUAUGCUGGCUGCUUUUACGUUUUUUUUCCUCCUUUUUUAAUGCACCAAAAAUAUGUGAUACAAGGGAUGCAAUUAACCUAUUGUAAUUUUUAUCGUUUUAUCCUCAUUUGGAUAUUCUACAAAAACAAGAAUAUACGAUGUGUUACAAGAAGAAAACAAAAUGCUUCAGAAAGAGUGUAUAUGCAGUCUGACUUUCAAAGAAUCACUUUUGAGACAACAGGGGAUAAUGUGAUGAAUUGCAAAUUUGCCUGUUAGCUUUCUUCACCAUGAUUCAGUGAUCACUGUCAUGGGAAGCCCUUUUAUAUUCAUGCUUGACAUUCCAAGAGGCUUUCUUUUCAGCCUGCGGAGGAGACACACUUAGAUAUGGGUUUGUGUGUAUGGGUGCAACACUUGUGGCGAUGGGAAAGAAGAACAGUUCCCUAGCACAAGCUGUUACGCAGUCUGUAGAAUCUCUGAUAGAAUCACAAGCUCCUGGAAGCUAUCACGUGUCCAAUGUGUGAAAAUGCCAGUGACAUUUUCAGGGUCAGUCUUGAACUAAGGCCUUUGUCUGUGUGUGUUUUGAAAGUGGGUGAACCUCAGAGAAUGAACCUGUUAUGAUUUGGGGUAAGAAUGACGUGGGAAAACCUCUUGCAACCAGCACACUUGGUCUUCUAUGACCAUUUUCGUAAGGGGACAGAGCUUAGGUAACGGCACGCACUCGUAUGCACACAACCAAGGGCUCAGCUAACGUACCCCUCAUGCUGCCUCAGUGACAUUUGUUCAUGUCACACUCCUGGCCCCAGAAAAGAACUCAAAGGUUGAUUGGUUAGUUUGCUUUUUCACUUUGGACACAUUUGCAGUUUACCCACAAGCCAACAAAAGAAUCAGGAGGUUAAAAAAUGGUUGGGGUCGGCGGGGGAGGUAUUGCACCAAAUUUUUAAUGAACAUUGUAAAUGAAGAGGCUUGAGUGACAAUCCAAAUCUAGAGAAAGCACUACGCAAGAAUGACCCAAAGAAAAGCUGUGUCGUGAUGUGGGGCCACCGUGAUCAGCCACCUGGGGCAGGAUGCUUCCAAGACAGGCCUUUCAUCUGCUUAGUGUUAGUAUGUCUUUGCUGAUGAAAAUGGGGACACUCAUCAGUAUGUUAACUAGUAAAGGGGAGAUGGUUCUCCAACCACUUCAUAAAAUAUGUAUGUUCUGUUGUUCCUAAGGCUUUGAUACUGUCCUGUACAGGUUUUGGUUUACUUUUGUUUACAAAUGUAUUGCUAAUAGGUCACGCUUAUAGAUGAUUGCUUGGCCCGUCAAACUCAGUACACAUGCACUGAGGCCCUAUGACCUAGUGUUUUAUGGAACUAUUUGCUUUGAGAGGGAAAAAAAAGGUUUUUUAAACUGUUUGCAUUUUGAAUUUUUUUAAGAUUUUAGGAUGAAUGUGAAAAAGAUGUUAGAAUUAACAGGAAGACAACUCCAGGGCUGAGUUUUAUCAGCAAUUGGGUAUAAAUUUGAAGAUCCUUGUUGCAAGAUGGCUCUGAACUGUGUUGUGUCGUCUUUUAAAGUUUUAAUUUUUCUUGUAUACUACAGAACAGAAACCUCAGUCUAGUUUUCAUUUGCCUUUUGUUCUCUAAAGAAGCAUUGUACAUACAACAUUAGAUCCAGCCCCUUGAUUACCUGUUUGGUUUCAAGUGAAUGAAGAUUUCCUGGUAAGGUCUCCAUUGGAUUCAUAGAACACAAAAAUGUACGGGAUGGAAUAAACCUAGAAAGUAACUGCUAGAGUUCUCUCUCUUCUGCUACCAACUCUUACACCAUCUCAGUUGAACAUGCCCAGGGAUGGAUGAAGUCUCUCUGCUGAAAGUGACAGAUCUUUGUAACUCCUAUGUAUAUACCAGGAAGGCUUGGAUUUUGUUUUUGUUUUUUAGCCAAUAUCAUUCCCUCCUAUGAAGUAAGCACAUUCUACAAAAGUGCCUCUCUAGGGAUGAGGUUUGCUGUCUUCUCUCAGCUGAGGCUGUGUGAUGUCAGGCCUCAGCUGAGAGAAGGAUACAGACACCCUAGGGACACAGGGCUCCAGAAGGCCACAGCAUGCCAUGCCAGCUUUCCUCACAGCUAACGAAGGAGGGGGAAUAGCCUCCUCUCACCGUCCCCCCGAGGCGCUUGCUGGGAACGCUUAACAGGUGAAAUAACUGGAAACCAAGAGCUCCUAAGAUAUAAUUUGACAGAGUUGCUAACGUCUUCCAAGCAGGAGGGAGCAUGCCCUUCCAUAAAAAUCCCUUCCUUUUCACCAUCUGAUCAUGGAAUAGCUUGCUCUAGCGCUGACUUGUAAAGGUUGGCUGAGUGGCAUCUGUACAUUCCGGUCCUCCGAUGCCACUGAGCUGUGUCCAGCAACUGCCCUCCAGCUUCCCCUCACUCACACUAUGGCAAGGCUUCCUAGCCCUGCUAGUGGAAAAGCCUGCUGAAAUCAGCCCGUCCUUGGGAUGGUAGUCACACCACUCGAGGAAUUUGGAGAAAGAGGAGAAAGAGUCUCUCGUGGUUGCUAAUGGAUAUUCUUUCACACCUUUCAGAGGCGGUCAUUCAUUGAGUAACAUGUAAAAUGGAGAUAGAUGCAUGUACUAAAAGACAGAAACCUCCGAGGAAAAGUGGUUUCUGUCUCUCCGUCUGCCUGCUGGGCUGGUCUUCUUGCUGCCUGCUGCUUCCUGUCCUAGGAAGUUCGGUUUCUUCUCUACCCAGCCAUGCCUGCCAGACCUGUGGGGUCUGUUCUAAGCCCCACUAGGAAUCCCAGAGGCCCUACUCAGCAGUGGGAAGCUUAUGGUCACUGUGUAGAUGUCAACACAUCUGAUCAUUAAGUCAAGACCAGAUGGACAGGAUGAGCUUCUGUUGCAGUAGGGUGGCGUUUUGCUGUAUUUUAUUGUUGCUUGAAUAUUUGGUUUGGUUUAGAUGAGGGAAGAAACCGUGCAAGCAGUGUUUUCAGUCUAACAGGUGGAGAAUACUUGUCACUGCCUGGUGCUGUUCUUACCUGACUAUGUUGGUGGCUUGGGAGAACCACCUAUCUGGCCAGAAGCCACAGGGAAGUAGCAGGCACUGCAGAGGCCAGCUUACUCCAGUGGGCUCUGCCACUGUCCUCUGAUUGACCUCCUCCCAACCUUGAUCCACGUUUCCCUUGUGAGGCUGUUUCCCCUUAGGUUAAAAUCCACUUCAAAUAUCUAAGAGGUGCCAAAUUCUCCAAGAGAGGGUGCUGGUGAAAUUAAGUGUGACCUGGAAAAUUAGUUCAAGACUGAAAUACAGUAUUUAUGCAUUUUCUACCCUUCCUUCCUCUUUCAUUACACCUGCUUUGCCCAACUCACUCGAAACUGCUACUCUCCCAACAGCUGCAAGAAUGUAAUCCCUUAGAGUAAACUGCCCUAAAUGACAGACUUUGGACCCCACGCCCCUAGGAUAUUGUCGUUGCUCAAGAGUAAACUGAAAGAAUCUCCCACUGGUGGAAUAUGCAAGGAAGAUAUUUUUGUUCAAAUGCCUCUGAUGGGGCCUGUUGCCCAGAAUAGCAUGAGGAAUCCACCCUAACUGCACGUGCGUGCACGCGUGUGCACACGCAUGCACACACACACACACACACCUCUGUCUCAUCAGUAGCUUCAACAACCCAGAGUGCUUGGUCAUCAUGGCAGGGACAACAAGGGUUAUAAAACCUAAAAUGAGAAAUUUCAGGAAGCAAAGAUGGCUCUGUCCCUCAGAAAUCUGUGACUGCCAUGGAGACAGAGCCAACAACUCACACUUCUCAGAAACUAUCCACGUGGUAGUGUAAUUCUUCUCUGCAGGGCUUCUUUUAUUGGGAGGUGCAUUAUAUGAGCUUGAUAUAUUUGAAAUGUGUUUUUUCAUUCAUUCCUUUACUUAAAAUCUUGGCUAUAUGCCAGGUCCUAGAUCAGAUACAAAAGUAGAAAAGAUAUGGUCCCUACCCUCCAAGAACUCCCAUUUAGAUGAGCUGGAUGGAUCUGAACACAAACAAAACCAAUGGGAUAACAGUAUUAAGAGCUAGGGUCUGUCUGUGGGUAAGGAGAGCCAAUUCAUGGCAGUGGUGAGUUCUGCCUCAUGGCAGCAAGAAUUGGGAAGGCUCUGGAGAGAGGUUGGCCCAGAAACUAAGAACUAACGAGCAGUGAGUGCCUUUUGGGGAGACAGGGUGAGAAGAUGAAGGGCAGAAGGGGCCCCGAGAGCGAGCCACCAAAACACAUUCACAACUUUUUUCUGUAACGGGCCAAGUAGUAAACAGUUUAGACUUAGUGAGUCUUGCAACUACUCAACUGUCGUAGUACCAUGAGAUCUGCCAUAGACCAUAGGUAAACAAAUGGGCUAUGUUCCAAUAAAGCUUUAUUUACAAAGACAAUCCGUGGCUGAGGGAAGGCCACAGCGUGCCGAUCUCUGUUCUCUUGCACAAGCAAGGCCUCAAGCAGCACUGUAUGUUGGAGGGACCCUAGUGGCUGAGCAUAGGUGAGUCAGAUCCUAGCGCCUAAGAUGGUGCUGCAGCGCAGGCCGGGACAUACCUAGGAAGGGACCCUGAGCUAGGUGUCCAUUGGCCUUAAGACCUGACCGUGAGACUCUAACUGAGAUACCUCAUUUCCAAGAUAAGGUAAGUACCCCUUUGCUGUCAUGUAACUAAAGGCAACAUUAUUUUCCUCUUGUGUCAUGUGGGGAGGUUUGAACUGUGUAGUCUACGUUCCCAUACAGCUGUGACACUGGGUAGCUGGGCUGCAGUAACCAUCCUUUUUUUCUUAAGUGAUGGACAUGGGCAUGUGAGGAAAAAAUGUAGGAACUAGAAAAAGAAGAGUGAGUCCAGAUACCAAAUAGUAUUUCCAAUCCUUUGCCUCCCCACAACCAACACAAAACACUGGCACCCUAAAGCUAACAGAUACGCCACAUGAAAUACUUGGUAAGCACUAAUAAUAACAACUACUAAUCGUGGCUAACAUUUCUCAAGCAUUUACUAUGAACCGGCUGCUGGCCAAGCUUAUUUCAUGUAGUAGCUCAUUUAAUCUCAACUGUAACCCUGUGAGAUAGGAGCUGUUAUGGGCUUCAUUUUACAGCGGAAGAAAAUGAGGCUUGGAAGCUUCCAGAACUGGCACAAAUUCACAAAGCAGAGCUGAGAUUCAAACCCAGGUCUAUCAGCUCUGUGUCCUUAAAAAGCUCUUCUUAUUCCCAGACGGACCCAUAAUCAUUAUGGGUACUACCUCCUUACUGGGCAAGACACGGACCCACCGCCCUCCCCACCUUUAGACCACUGAUCAGGAAGACUCUGGCCCAAGUGAACUAUGGGGCCCUACACACUCUCACAGGCCUCCUAAUGUAACAGCCAGGACACCAUGCCAGCUGUGUUAUGGGGAUGUGUGCUUUCAUUUGUCCUUCUUGCUCUUAACCCCUGAUCCCAGUGGUCCAUUGAUAUGAGGUGUUUUCCCUGAAACGGACAGAUAAAAAGAAUCAGAUAGGACACUCCACUCUAAUGCAUUCCAAAAUGCACUCUCAAAGCACCAAGAUGCCAGGGAGGCCCUUCACCGCAUUAUCAGCUUUCUUGGGGAGACCCAGAUAACUGCCAUGCCCGGCACCCCUGAAGUCUACAGCAUCAACCACAAGAAAUCAGCUCUGUCCGCAGGGCUUCAAACACACUGAAGCUGGUCCCCAGUUGGAUAUGUCUUGCUCUAUUCUCAGAUUCCAGGCUUUUAGGAGCAGAAUAUCCAUACAUUUCCAUUUCUGUAAUAAUGACCCAGGUCAACAAUCAGGAGUUGGUGAUAAUCAUAAAUUUUGAAUUUUUUCCCGUAAGGUAGAAUCAUGUUCUUUUGCCAUGAGCAAAUGGAACAACAUAGUAAGUUUCCUGGAGGUUUAACAUUCUGUAAGUGGACACUUUUGCCAUAUAUAAGACACUUUUGUCUUAUAGAAGACUCUCACACUAACCUUAUAAAAGAUUGCUCUCAUGGAGACAUGUUUGGCAAAACUAUUUGAUUUUAUACUCUAAGGCCAUAAAAUGAGUUGGAAGCAUAGGAUUUACAAAAUGUUGUUACGAAAGGAUCCCAACUGAACACAAAUGGUGCUCCCAUCCACACUUAAAGGGAGGGAAGGGGCCGGGAAGCUCAUGCUUAUUAAACACCUGCCACCCACAUGCCGGGUUCUAUAAAUUCAUGAUCCCAGGUACUGCUCCCAGCAGCCUUCUCACACCAGCCCUACGAGGUAAGUAUUUUUUCCACUUUACAGAUCUGAAAAUGAAAGCUCAGCAAAUCCAACCUUUCUAAGAUUACAUAGCUAGUUUAUAAAGCCACCAGGAGCCACUGACCGAUGUGUUUUGAUUCCUAAACCAGCCCUCUUUCCACUAUAACACACAGCCCCCGAAGUUAGAACACAGAACUGGCUUCUUAGGAAGCCUCUACAAAGCCAACGGAGUGUCUCCCUGUGGGAAACCCCUAACAGGAGUCUAUGGUUUCAUAGAGAAGUGAGCCAAGAGUUGGAGGUGAGAACCUCUGCAAAAUUUUGCCUAUUGGCACAGGAAUCAGGGUUUCACUUUGAUCAUUAAAUGUUAAACCUUUUACAACAUUUUUCCUUUCUCCUUCAACCUUAGCCACAUCAGCAGGAAUUUCCCAGCCAUUCAUCAGCCUUUAUCUUAUUCAUUCUGCUGAGCAGGGAUCAACCCCAGCUCUCUAACUUCUGUCCCACCCUUCCCAACUCCCACGCCUGCGUCUUUUAGAGGAACCCCAAGACUAUAAGAAAUUGGGCCUUGUGAGAGUUAAGGAAGCAUGCUCCAGCUUGCUCAGGACUCAGGUUUCAGCUUCAAAAUCUCGAGAAAAGGAAUGACAUUUCCAAACUGUCACCUUUUGUACCACUGGGUCAAAGUCUAAAGAGGACAAAUGAAUGAACAGUGACUUCUGUGGCCUCAUGUUGCCUAUUACUGAACAGGAGAGCUGCAUGUCAUGGUCAGUGAGCCUUGCACAGCUUGUGAAUCAUCACAGGGACUAGUCGUGUUUUUAAUACCUUUAAAAUGAAACCACAACAUCUAUUCUGGAAAGGUGGCAUAGGCUUACAAACCUUGCUCCAAAGAGGAUAUCAUUUUACCCAGCGUGCAGUCAAUAUCUGUGGCUCCAAAAAAGCAAACUGUCCUGAAUGCUGGAGGAGAAAGUGUGACAUUGUGAUGCCAGGCCAUUUUCUCUGACACUCAGCAGUCUCUUCCGUAGAGAUGCACGGUGACACAUACAGCCCUAGAACACAAGGUCUGUCACUAGUGAUUUACGUAAGACAAGGAUAAACUAUUGACUGGGAUACAUCUUACUCAUCACCAACAUCUGCUUGGCUGUUGGGAUGGUCACGCAGAUAAAUAUCCUACUUAGAAAGGAUAUUUGGCCUUCAAAAAGGUCUCUGGGCUCAGAAUCUGGCCCCUUGGGGUUACGUGGAAUGAAAACCAGCACUUUAUUGCUUCGACUGCCUACUCUUGUCCCUUCACUGCAAAGCCAUCAUGCUAUUGAAUAAGCCUAACAAAAAGUAGGAGAAGCAGAAAAGACCGAUCUCUUUUUCCUCUUGGCUCUUCCCUCCUCCCCUUUUAGGCACAGAGUACCAAGACAUUGAGACUGAGAAAACCUGCCCCGAAUCACAUUCACCUUCAGAAGACUCCUUUGUGAGAAGCUGAGGGCCUGGCCCUCUUCCUCUUCCUGCAGAGAACAGCCCACCAUCACCCACAGACCUCGCGGGCCUCACUUAGCGUGCUCCUCCCUGCCCAAGAACCUGAGGGUCCCCAUGUGGAUUAUCCAGCCAGUGUGUGGUCCUUUGAGGCCUCAAGCACAGGCCUAUGAUGAGGGCUAAGGAGGUGACCUAUGGUCAGGCGUACUCCCAACAGCUGUCAGAGUAGGCAUUUUUCCUGGGUCUCUUAAAAAGUCAUGCCAACCUGGUGUGCAAAUUCCCUUCUGCCCAUCCCUCCUCUGCCUCCUCUGGGGAUGUCUUGCCAACAUGCUUUACAAACUCCCCUCUAGGGAAUGCUCCUCUGACCGAGGGCUUCAACAGCUGUAAUGACAUCAGCCAAGGGGGGGUAAAGACCACCCUGUUGCACAGAAUGGAGGGGGAAAAAGCACAUACUCAAUAGAUUUUUGAGUGUGGUAUUCUGUAUUUUUGCAGCUUAUAUUUUCCAAAUGAGCAGUUUAGAAAUAUGUGAUGUAAAGUACAUACUGUACGUUUGCUGAAAAUUAUAUUAAAAGCACUAUUUUAAUUCUU